AUUUGAAUGGAAAUUUGCGAUUAUUUGUAAUAUUGCGAACUUCUCGAAAAACUGAAUAUAAAGUCCUUCUAAUGAGAGUUUUUGUAUUUAAAGUUUAACAGGUGAACAAACAACUGGACGGUUUCUUAGAAAAAUGUUCAAACACAAAAUUUUGACUUUAUUUUUCAUUGGCUUUGCCAAUUUUCAGCUCUUUGUUCAGGCUGGAAAUGGUGAUUCGAAACCAUCGGAUGUAUGGAUACCGACCCCAAUUGAAUCUCCAGUAUCAUCACCGGAACCAUCACCUAAAGAAACUUGGGUUCCAUUAAUGUCCCUGAUAUCUGAUGAAUCAAGUUCAGAUGAAGAAUCAGUUCCAUCCUCAUCGAAAGCUACAACAUCAGUGGUAAAAAAACCAAAAGAUCCUGCUACAAUGAAAGACCUUUUAAAAAAGUCAAAAGUCAAGUCCAUGGAAAAAUCAAAUUCGAGUAAAGCCGAAGAAAAAACUGAUACUAAGACAAAGACAUCGACGAAAAAAUCCAAAAAUGGUCAAAAAUAAAAUUCGACGCAAUGAAUUUAGAGCCAGUACAUUUAUAACUUGCAAUAAUUACCGACGAAUCUCUUUGACUGAAAAUUGAUUAAACUCAUUUUUCAAAAUAAUUUCUGUUGUAAAAGGUUUCUGAACAUAUUCAAAAUAAAAUUAGUUUUCAAUCCACUUGGAUUUUUGAAUUCAAA